UCACUUGGAUUGUGAGUUAAGAGUGAGAAUGGGGCGUGGUGUUUGCAAUGGAGGGGGGCAAAGCUCGUUGGGAUACCUGCUGGGUGGAGCCUCUCCUCCCUCCACCACAGAGAAAAGUGAGCCCAUUUCAAAUAACUAUCGAAGGGUAGAUGGGCAAAACACUGGGAAUUUCAUCACUGAGCGGCCUUCAACGAAAGUGCAGAGCGUACCAGGUGGAGUGUCUUCUCUUGGCUAUCUCCUUGGAGGAGGACACAAAUGAGAAGCAAGAUUAGUGUUGUGCUCAUCACAUCAAAUUUCUAAUUUGUUUGUUUUAUAUUUGCAAAGCAUUUUUCAGAGUCUGUAUUUCAGACAAUAUGUAAAUCUGUUUUCUUCGGCUGAAUUGCAAUGAAAGUAACACAGUUGUUCA